UCUUUUACUCAGUGCAAGUACUUAUGUAGGUAAAUACUGGUGAGCCCUGGCAAAAGUGGGAGAAUCUGGGCUUCUCUGAUUCAAAGGUUUAUUAUUAACAAAACCUUCAGUUGCUCAAACCCCACAAAAUGGUUUCAACUGAACAGUCACACCACUAGUCAGAGAAAGGCACACGUGAUAAAGAAGGAAAAUGAAAAAGCUUAUUGACAUGUUGAUACACAGCUGAUAAGGAAAACAAAAAGCCACUUAAAAAAAAACCAGUUGAGUUUUAGUCGAAGUCAGAAGCAGCAUCUGGUCUCGGUUCUCUCCCAGCGUCAAGAAGAUGUUUGCAACGAUGCUGGAGAUAUUUCCAAUUCUAGCCGUCCUUACAGGCCAUGUCAGCAGUGUUGUGGUGACCGUCCCUGAGAAGACAGUGAAUGUCACUACAGGUGGAAACGCAACCCUCCUCUGUACAUACACGAGUUCUGGACCACUGGGAAACUUCUUUAUUCAGUGGAGCUUUUACAGUGCCAAAGAGAGCCAGCUGCAUACCAUCUAUUACUAUUCAGGAGGCCAGUCUUACUCCUAUGGAGAGUUUAAGAACAGGAUAACAGCUGCAACAGGUCCAGGGAAUGCAUCGAUAACAAUCUCCAACAUGCAGCCCUCAGACACUGGCUCCUACACCUGUGAAGUUUUCAGCCCACAGGGUGAUGCUGGACAGAGUCAAAAAUCUGUGAUUGUCAGUGUGCUGGUCAAACCGUCAAAACCUUUCUGCAAAAUCGAAGGAACGCCUGAAAAAGGUCAUCUGAUCUACCUCUUAUGCAAAUGUGAAGAAGGAUUGCCUCUCCCUACCUACCACUGGUACAAAGUGGAUGGGAACACCCUCAAGCCUGUGACUGAACAACACAAUCCAGCCACCGGCAUCCUUUACAUUGGCAAUCUCACCACCUUUGAAACAGGUUAUUACCAGUGUGUAGCCAGCAACGUCCUGGGGAACAACACCUGUGAGCUUGACCUAACUCCAAAACAUUCAGACGGUGGUAUUGUUGCUGGAGCAUUAAUUGGAGCAAUUCUGGCAGCUGCUAUCAUCUGCGUUAUCGUCUGGGUCUUAACCAAGAAGGCAAAGAAAAAGAAGUCAUCAAGUAACGAGAUGCAAGAAAUGGCUCAGAAACAACCCAAUGCAGAGUAUGUUCAGGUACCCAAUGAAGAAAACAUUCCUGCGACCACAGUUCCAUCAAGCAAUGCGACACACGAAUACUCCAGUGCUGAUGAAACAGCAGCCUCUGGAACACCUGAAAAUAAUGAGAAGCAAGAAGCGGAAAAAGAAGAAAUAGCCUAGAGUUUUAAUAUGGUUUUCCUUGUCAGCUUUGAACCCCUCUAUACAGAAAAAUUGUUGUCAUUCAAUUAAUAUAGAAGCCCAACUAAAACUUAAACACAUAUUCGUAUUGUGAACCACUGGGCUGGAGGUUGAAAAAGGUAUGUUACACAUGCACUUGGUGAAUAGCAGAAAAUUUGGCCUUUAAAGUUAACCAAAUUUCAUUUAUUAACUAGUUAUAAUUAUACAUAAAUACAAGUUUAAAAAGACUAUCAUCCACAAUUAUCCAACCUAUUUUGCAAAACUAAUUAGGAAGUGGGCUGAAGCAUUUGACAAAGUAAGAGCUUUCCAGUCAACUAUCAGUAAUGCAGUACGUAUCCAUACAGUUCUGAACCACAGCAGUCUUCUCCAGAAACAGCGUUGGCCAACCUCGCGUCUCCUGUGCACCAAGAACAAUCAUCAUGGCCAAUACACUGCAGUGUGUAAAGGAUCUGAUUUUGCACGUCAGAAGUAAAAAGAAGUUUCAUCAAUGUCUUCAGAGUGCAGAAGCAGAUGUUAAGACCUGGACCAAUGAAAUCUUGUGUGUCUGAAUUCCACUUAAAGCUAAAAAAAAGAUUCUGGGAACUUUUACCCUAUUGCCGCCUGACGUGGAAUACAUUUUGUUAACAGUGACCAUCUUGGCUUUAAAGUUCCCAAGGCGCCAGCAUUCCAGAGUUGUGUGUUUCGGCAGUUCUGGUUUUCAGUUUAAUGGAACUAGCACUCAGGUACCCAGCUCAGACAUCCAUUGGCUGGUUUCCAGACAGCAGGAGCUGGAAAUCUAAAUCCCUUGCAAGACUUGUUAUAACAGGCACACAGAGUAUCAGAUUCCUCACAACACGCAGAUCCAGCUGCUUUCAAAACUUAGAAGCGAAUACUGUCUGUUGUACAACGUGCUAGUUUUGCUUGCUUCCUCUGCCUGAGACGAUUUAAAUCUAUUUCCAGGCAAUGGCGCUACCCACUGAGCAACAAACUCGUGCUACUUUUCUUCUGGUCUCUUUAGCCGAGUGUGACCGGCUAUUUUCUAUAGGUGAAAGCAUCAAGAGGAAAGGUAACUAGUGCAUCCACAACAAGAGCCAACAGCUGAGCUAUGAGCACUCUCUUGGAAGGAGGAAAGGGAACUGGACCAUCCACACUAAUCACUAGACACCUCUUCUCUCUGGGCCUCGUUUCUAAGGUUAAGCAAACUCCAUUUUUCCAAAGGGCAAAGAUACCUACUUUCAGAAGAGCUCAAGGACCACGGGGCUCAGGGGAAAACAGACACACAGCCUCAGCAGCUCCCUUCUGAACUGCGUGAGGCAGAUACUCACUGACACAGGGAGACACUGGUUUCAGUCUCGUGCACUGCAGAAAAAUGUAUCUGGCUCAGGGACAUGGAACUUUUUGGCACUUAAGUCUUCUAUAGGAUCUAAUGUUCAUAAAUUCUUUGGUGACUGUUCCUAGCCUGUAAACAUUAGUUGUAUGCAACAGUCAUCUUUCAAAUAGAUAAAAGGAUAGAUCUGUGCUAAAAUUUUCAGGUUCAUUUCCUACAGCUAUGUUUAUCAAGAAAGUGACCAAAAAAAAGGGAAAAAAGAAAAAAGAGAAAAAAAAUACAGCAACAUUCAAAGAAGAUGUAAGGCAUGAGGUCCUAUUAAGAUUUCAUUUUGAUCAUUAAGCAUAACUAUGUUCAUUGCCCUUUCUAUACAGUUUUCUGGCUUUCAAAUAUUUGUCUUUGAUACACGUGUCCUGAUGCUUAGCCUCAUUCCAGAGUAAAAGAGCAUUUACAGUGUUCUUCUAACAUUGUUUUAGCUAAAAAUUGCUUGUGCUCGAUCGACUGUGAGGGUCAACGCCUUACUCAUAGCAACACUGCCAUAUUCUACCAAUGGAUCCUCACAUUCUUCUCCCCCCAAAAUAUCCAGGGUAAAGCUUAAGUCAGGACCUGUACGGAAGGCUCUUCUUAAUCAGGCAUCUCUUACUGACUCUUGUGGCAACUGUGAUAAGCAAAACCCGCAAACUCACAACCUUCAGUAUAGGUUUAGAAGCUUACUGAAAAUUUCCAAUACUCACACCCAAAGUUUUGUGAGCAUGCAGAACUACGACAUUAAGCAUACUCAGUAACAGCAAGAGAAGAGCAAGUACUACCUACUCCUGUUUAGGUGCCAUUUCUUACCAAAAGUGUUGCCUAAUGAGGUAAUUCAAAUCAAUUAUUGGUCCAUGACUUGGCUGACAGUGAUAUUAAUUCUAAAUAAAUUAUUCUCUGACAUUCCCAGGCACUCUUUUACUCUUGCCCUUCCUAGAGAAAUAUAAAUAACUCUCUUCACAACACUGAUGUAGUCAUAUUAGUUCUAAUGUCAUCGCCUGUAUAUGUGUCUUAGUUACAUUUUUCUUCCCGCAACAGCUUUCCAACUUUCACAUCUCUCCAACAGCGCUAUUGUGAUUGAAGGGGGAAUACAUUAUAUGGUCAUUACGGAAAGAUUAUAAAAUUAUAAUCUCACCCGCACAAAUUACCCUGCAUGAAUUCCUUAUACAUAGCUUGCUACAGUAAGACAGGAGCUUAUGCUGGUGAAGUUGUAAUUACCUUCUAUAGCUAAUACAAUCUUCCUAGAACACCACAGGUCUUGCAUUUGCUAAAAAAGUAGAAAUUGCUCGAGUUAUGUUAAUGUUUUUCUAUAAAUAGAAAAAUUGAACACAAGUUCUAGACUAAUAAUUCCUCUCAUACUUCUAACCACCAGUGUGUAAUAGAUAGUAUUAAAAAAAAAAAACACACAAAAAAACCCCCAGCAAACCAAAAAGCAAAAAUAAGAAGCAAAACAGAUUGCUGAGGGUUAGGACGAAGGUAAGGAAAAUAACGUCUAUUUGGAGUUUCUUAACAUAUUGGGAUGUUUUUGUAAGCCUUCUGGCAGCUGUUUGUUCUCAUUAUGAAGUUUCUCUCACGUAAAAUAGUUUAUUAAAAAGGAUGAGACACUGUUCCUAGCUUUCCACUGAUGCUCCUGGCAAAGCACAAGCCAAAUUAGGUAUUGAUCCACGGUGUGUAGCUCAAAAACCCUGCAGAGCUAUGCAGGAUGCAGAAACAUUUUUCAGAAUUUGCCCCAGAUGUUCCAACAGUCUUUGCUGCACGGCCCAUUUAUCUUCUCCUGAGGGAGCAGGAAUCAUUAAUAUGGAAACCAGAUAUUAAGCCAAUAUUUGAGCCACCACCUCCUAGGGAAAUAGAUUUAGAAAUCUACAGAGCUGUGGCAGGGUUUGGUGUUUUGUGGGUUUUUUUUAUUUUGCUAUAUGAAGAUCAAGCAUGAACACAGAAUUCUAACUUCGGCUUGUCUCAGUUCAAGCUUUCAGCAGUGCCUGCACAAUAUAUAAGCAGCAUUUACUCAGUCAGGUUCCUCCUUCAAAAGCAAGGUCUGUACAGGCAAGUUAUCCCUCCUGCUCGCAAUAGGUACCCGCAGUGAAAUUUAACCUGCAUUUUGCUUUCUAGGAUAGACUUAAAGUACCUGGUGAAGGUAUUUGUUUGGUUGUAAGCUUCUGUCUUGCUUAUCAAAAUAAACUGCAUGACCUUAAUCCCUACAAGUCAAAGUGUAGAAACUGUCAUCUUCCAUUUCAACCUUUCCUUGCAGCUCUCCUAUUUCCAUACUGUGUAAUGGAUGGCAGGGUUUCAUCUGAUUUGUUGUUCACAUCCCAAGCGUUCAAGCUAUUUAGACAAUAUUGGUUGUGUUACAUGUAAGUUUAAUAA